AUGUUCUACCAACCCGGAGUCACCGAGCAUGGACUACCACAUGACCCCUUCAAGGCCUGCGUCGUACCCCGCCCGAUCGGCUGGAUCUCCACCAAGAACAAGAAAGGCCAGUGCAACCUGGCGCCGUACUCGCAGUUCAACAACCUGACCUUCGACCCGCCCUACGUGAUGUUCUCCUCCAACCAGACGGCCCAGGGGAUCCGGAAGGACACGGUCAUCAACGCCGAGGAGACGGGCACCUUCGUGUGGAACCUCGCCACCUGGGACCUGCGCGAGGCCGUCAACAUCACCGCCGAGCAGACCCCCUACGGCACCGACGAGUUCGAGCUCUGCAAGAUCACCAAGGAGCAGGCCACGUUGGUGGAUGUCCCCAUGAUCAAGGAGUCCCCCGUCAAGUUUGAGUGCGAGUACCACACUACCGUCCGCCUGCCGGGCAACCCGCCCAUGGGCACCGUCGACAUCGUCAUUGGGAAGGUGAUCGGCGUGCACGUCGCGGACCGCGUGCUCACCGACGGCCUGCUCGACAUCAAGAAGACGCAGCCCAUCGCGCGCUGCGGCUACUACCAGUACACUGUGGUGAAAGACACCUUCGAAAUGAUCAUCCCCAACAUGUCGGCCGAUGCGCUGUAUGGGUUGGAGGGGAAUGCGGCGAGGAAUCGCAGCAAGAAUGAGGCAAACAAGGCGGCAGCGGGUCAGGUGUCUGAAUUUCCUGAGAAGGAUUCUUGA